GUGUUGUUUAAAAACUGUUAGGAGGAGGGUGCAGAGAUCGAGCUGCAAGAUUUCAUGCAAAAAGGAAGUCACGUUUCCUUUCUCUUGCUUGUUUAACAAUAAGUGGACCUUUAUCCCGUGAGGCCUGGAGUUUACAUCAGUGAGAACAGUUUCACAAGGAACCACUUCCAUCUUCCAGUUAUUUUUUUACUGCAUAGCUAUCCAAGAUGAAGCUAAUCCUGAAAAUCUCCUUCACCUUCACACUGUUCUACACAGUAGCAGACACACUACAGUGCUACACUUGCGAGUCUGAUGAGUGCAGCGAAGCAGCGUUGGAGAUGUGUUCUGGGGGAGAGGUGUGUUCCACUAGGACAACUGUAUUUGGUGGUUUAGGCACCAGAGUCUCUAAGGAUUGCACAACGAGAGAGGAAACCUGUGUAUUCAUGGACGCAACAACAAGAACAUCAAUCAGUGGUGGAUACACACACACCUCCAACGCCGCGUACUGCUGCAGCACGGACGGCUGCAACAAGAAUACUCUCCCAGUGCUCAGUGACAAGCCCAAUAAACUACAAUGUUACACCUGCAAGAGUAAAGAGGAUCAAGUCUGCAACACAGUUGUACAAUGUGUUGGAGUUGAAGACCACUGCUUCAAAUAUACAGUGCCCGUUGGUGAUGGAAGUAAUGAUGGACGACACCUGGGCUGUGCCUCUGCUGAUGUAUGCCGCUGGUCCGAGACAUCCCCCUCUACGCCUAACUUCAACUGUUGUGAAGGGAGUCUCUGUAACAAAGCCACGGGGAUUGGACAGAGCUCUCUCCCUCUUCUGCUGGGUCUCCUCCUCAUCUCACUGGUCUAGUUAGUGGGAGGAUUCAUGGUAAUCCCAACCGUUAAGAGUGAUGUGUGUCCACAAGAUCAGGAAACGUUGGAGGUUAAUUUGUUAGUAGAAAUUAGGAAGUUUGAUGAUUUGUAUAAGGCUUUUAAAAUAAAUAGUAAAAAGUA